UUUGUGCGGUCCCGGCCGGGAUCAGCGGGGGCAGCAGAAGAGGCGAGAGUCCGCGAACAUGGCGGUCAGCAUCCGCGGCCGCUCCGUGAGAAGCCUCCGUAUCCGAGGACGGAAUGAUAGCGGGGAGGAGAACGUGCCGCUCGAUCUGUCCCGAGACCCUUCAGACAACCUUCGUGAGAUCCUCCAGAAUGUGGCCAAGCCCCAGGGAGUCUCUAACAUGAGAAAGUUGGGUCACCUGAAUAACUUUAUCAAGUUACUCUGUAAUGUUGGCCACUAUGAAGAGAAACUGGGCUUUACUUAUGAAGAAAUUAUUAUAUGUUUGCGAUUAGCAUUGUUAAAUGAAGCUAAAGAGGUGCGUGCAGCUGGUCUUCGUGCCCUCCGACAUCUCAUCCGAGAUUCCAGUAUUCUGCAGAAGGUGCUGAGACUGCGUGUGGAUUAUUUAAUAGCUAGGUGUAUAGACAUACAACAGAGUAACGAGGUGGAGCGAACACAAGCUCUUCGAUUGGUUCGAAAGAUGAUCACUGUGAAUGCUGCACUGUUCCCCAGCUCAAUCACCAAUUCCCUGAUUGCUGUUGGAAAUGAUGGACUCCAAGAGCGCGAUCGAAUGGUCCGAGCAUGCCUCGCCAUCCUCUGUGAGCUAGCACUUCAGAAUGCAGAAGUGGUUGCCCUUCGUGGAGGUCUUAGCACCAUUCUGAAGAACGUGAUUGAUUGCCAACUGAAUCGCAUAAAUGAGGCACUCAUUACAACCAUUCUGCACUUGCUAAAUCACCCAAAGACGAGGAAAUAUGUAAGAGCUGAUGUGGAAUUGGAGCAAAUUUUAGCACCCUACACUGAUUUUCACUACAGACAUAAUCCAGACACUGCAGAGGGACAACUCAAAGAAGACAGAGAAGCACGGUUAUUAGCCAGCAAAAUGGCAAUAGUAGCUGCCUUCCGAUCUUGGGCAGGAAUUAUAAAUCUAUGCCGGCCCGGAAACUCGGGUAUCCAAUCUUUAAUAGGAAUACUUUGUAUACCAAAUAUGGAAGUGCGGCGUGGUCUGCUAGAGGUGCUAUACGAUAUCUUCCGACUUCCUAUCCCUGUGACAACACAGGAUUUUUCUGAAGCUCUGCUCAGCGUAGAUCCCAGCCGAUUCCAAGACUCUUGGCGUCUUUCAGAUGGAUUUGUAGCAGCUGAAGCUAAAACUAUUCUCCCACAUCGAGCCCGAUCCAGGCCUGACCUGAUGGAUAAUUACUUGGCUCUUGUGCUAUCUGCAUUCAUCAACAAUGGACUCCUGGAGAGCCUGGUUGAUGUGCUAACAAGCAGCAAUGAUAAUGUGUCUGUGCGGGCUACCAUCCUGCUCGGCGAACUCUUGCACAUGGCAAAUACUAUCCUGCCGUAUACCUACAGCCACCACUUACACUGUCUACCGACCCUCAUGAACAUAGCAGCUUCCUUUGAUAUCUCUCACGAAAAGCGGCUACGAGCCAGUGCAGCUGUGAACUGCCUGAAGCGUUUUCAUGAAAUGAAGAAGCGUGGUGCAAAACCUUACAGCCUGUACUUGGAUCACAUUGCACAUAAAAAUGGCUCCACCACCCAGAAGCGGGAUCACCACCUCCGUGUCCAGAAAGACAUCUUUGUCUUGAAGGACACAGAGGAGGCAAUGAUGCAGAACCUGCGAGACAGUGAUGUACUGAAUAACAAGGAUAACCUUAGGUGGAAUUGGAACUUAAUCUCGACCAUUCUUAAGUGGCCAAACAUAAACCUGCGGAACUACAAAGAUGAACAAUUACACAGAUUUGUGCGCCGAUUACUAUAUUUUUACAAGCCCAGUGGUAAGCUGUACGCUAACAUGGAGCUGGAUCAUGUUAUGGGAAAGCAGCUGACUGUGGUGGGCUGCCAGUUCACUGAGUUCCUGCUUGAGUCUAAUGAGGAUGGUCAGACAUACCUGGAGGAGCUGGUGAAAGACAUUGUGCAGUGGCUCUCUCCCUCCUCUGGCCUGAAACACGAGCGAAGCCUGCAGAACAAUGGUUUACUCAGCACCCUUAGCCAGCACUACUUUCUGAUCAUCGGUACCCUCUCCUCUCAUCCGCACGGGGUCAAGGUUUUGGAGAAAUGCAACAUGUUCCAGUGUUUACUCAGCCUCUGUUCUCUGAAGAACUAUGACCAUGUGCUAAAGCUAACUGUCUCCACUUUAGACUACAGCCGCGAUGGCUUGUCCAGGGUUAUCUUGUCCAAAAUCCUUACGUCAGGUACCGAUAACUGCAGGCUGUAUGCAACAAAACAUUUGCGGGUUUUACUACGGGCCAACGUGGAGUUCUUCAGCAACUGGGGCAUAGAAUUACUCGUGACACAGCUGCAUGAUAAAAAUAAAACCAUCUCUUCAGAGGCGCUUGAAAUCCUGGAUGAGGCCUGCGAGGACAAGGCUAAUCUGCAUGCACUGAUCCAGAUGAAACCAGCUUUAGCCCACCUUGGAGACAAGGGCUUACUGCUGCUCCUUCGGUUUUUAUCCAUUCCAAAAGGCUUCUCCUACCUGAAUGAGAGAGGCUAUGUUACCAAACAGUUGGAGAAGUGGCAAAAGGAGUAUAACUUGAAAUAUGUGGAGCUGACCGAAGAACAGUUGAACGAAGCGCUUACUACAUACCGCAAACCAGCUGAUGGCGAGAACUAUGUUCGUCGCAGUAACCAGAGGUUACAAAGGCCCUAUGUUUACUUGCCAAUUCACUUAUAUGGCCAGUUGGUGCAUCAUAAAACUGGCUGUCAUUUACUAGAAGCCCAGAGCAUUGUUCCAGACCUGAGCUACACUGUGCGUUCGCCAGCAUUGGAUAAAUGGGAUGGUAUAAAGCAGCUGAAAGCAGCACUUUGGGCCUUGGGAAACAUUGGCUCGUCCAACUGGGGAUUGAACCUGCUUCAAGAGGAGAACGUGAUCCCAGAUGUUAUAGCCCUGGCCCAUACUUGCGAAAUCCUCUCUGUCAGAGGGACCUGUCUGUAUGUACUGGGCCUCUUGGCAAAAACAAAGCAAGGAUGUGAUAUUCUGAAACAGCAUGGCUGGGAUUCAGUCAGACACAGCCGCAUGCAGACCUGGCCCGUGGCCCCCGAUGACAUAGAACAACUAUACAAUGAACUGUCCUCAGUUCCCAGUACACUGAGUCUCAACUCAGAAUCUACUAGUUCCAGGCAUAACAGUGAGAGUGAAUCAAUGCCUCAGAGCAUGUUUAUUAUGGAAGAUGAUCGAUACGGGAGCAGCACAACCAGCACUUUUUUCCUAGAUAUCACUGAGGAAGGAGACCCGUCUUUGCUAGAGAGACCCAAAUCAGCUAAGGAGAAGGAACGAAGCCCCCUGAGCAUCCUCAGCUCUUCCAGAUUUGUCCCUCGACGCUUCUUCAACAAUCUGACUUCACUGCCUAGCAAGAAAAUGCGCAGUAGCAGCGAUUCCAAGUCCGCCAAGGCAGCAGCAGAUAGGAAGCAAGUCCAGCGGCGCAUUCGGGCAGUCACUGAGCCAGCCAACAGCACUGAGUAUUUGCAUAGUGAGGUGUUCACCAGUAUCUUCAAUGGUAACCGACUGCACAAGAGCCACACAUUGAGCUUGGAGACAUCGUUUGUUGGGAGCCGGGAUCAUGGCAACAGAGGAAGCUCACAGAGUAUCUCUGAGUCUGAACUAAAGCGCCCAAAGACUAUGUUAGGGGAUAAUAACCAGGAACAGAUUAUCAAGGACCGGUCCACGGGGGAUGGCACCACUGGCACACAGUUCAAAAGCCGUAGCCAGAGCUUUAACACAGAUACAACAACGAGUGGUAUUAGUUCUAUGAGUUCUGUCAGCUCUAGUCCAUCCGGUGAAACGGUCCGCCUGGACCCUGCCAAUACUGACACAGAUUGCGGCAGCCUGAACACAAUCGUCAGUGCACGGACGGUGAAGACCAGUAUGUCCCUCACUCCUCAGUCCAACCAUCUACCUCUGUCCAAGUCGAACUCUGUGUCACUUGUCCCCCUGGGAUCUUCUCAUACGCUCCCCCGAAGGGCGCAGUCACUCAAAGCACCUUCUGUCACUACCAUAAAAAGCCUGACUGACUACAACUUUAGUUAUACAAGCCCACGUGAUGCUUUCGGAUAUGCCACUCUGAAGCGACUGCAGCAGCAGAGGAUGCACUCAUCACUGUCACACUCUGAAGCCUUGGCAUCUCCAGCAAAAGAUGUGCUGUUUACGGACACAAUUACCAUGAAAACAGGCAGCCUGGAUUCUAGGUUGACACCAAGAAGAUUUAUCAAAGCCUUGAGUUUCGCCUCACUGGACAAAGAGGAUUUAUUAAGUCCAAUAAACCAUACAACACUUCAACGCUCUUCCUCUGUACGUUCCAUGGUCUCCAACGCCACCUAUGGCAGCACAGAUGAUUACAUAGGCCUAGCAUUGCCUACUGACGUCAAUGAGCUUUUCCAGGUGAAAGAGAUUCCAUACUUUCAGCAAAAGUGUACCCUGCCUAAAGAGGAUAGUUCCCUCCAAGACCAAGAGUCAGUUGAAGAUCCAGCAUUGCCUCCUUGUUCUCGGAGUCCCUACCAAGAGCUACGGCCACAAAUCAGUUUCACAGAGGCAAUGCUGAAAGCAUCAGAAAAUGCUCCUUUCAUUGACGCUACAGAGGAGACAGGUUUACAGGAGCACACAGAUGAUAACUGCCUAUACUGUGUGUGCCUGCAGAUUGCUGGCUGCCUGCCCUACAGCCAGUGUGCUUCCACUUUAAACCGUGCAGAUUUCCCAGACAUUCCAUGCUCUGACUACUGUGUGUCCGUCAUCCCAAUCCUCACCCACCUGGAAGUCACACCUCGCGUUUCAAAGAUUUCUGGGAUCUCUGGGUGCAGUGAUGCUGUGUCACAGGGGUCAGCAAGCAGCACUAAGAGCGUGGAUAUAGUAAUAGGAGGAAAGCCCAUCAUAGAUGACACGCCUGCCUGCCGAGUGCUGUUGAGGAAGGAAGUCUUACGGUUGGUCAUUAAUCUGAGCAGCUCAGUGGGGACAAAAGGCCAUGAAACUGGGCUCUUGACGAUAAAGGAGAAGUUUCCUCAUGCUUUCGAUGACAUUUGUCUGUACUCUGAGGUUUCCCACUUGCUGGCAAACUGCACCUUCAGACUCCCCUCCCGCAGGUUUAUCCAAGAACUCUUCCAGGAUGUUCAGUUCCAACCACUGUACGAGGAAGCGGACACUACUCUUCUAUCAUCGAAGCAGCUCGAAGCUGAGCUGACCCUAGAAUCCUGACCAAACUUGUGCUGAAGCAUUGCUGCAUCGCCAAACCUACAACCUACUUCACCCAGGAUCCACUGGUACCAACAUCUGACUACCGCUCUGACUAACAGGGCAGAGCAAGAGUGUGAACUCGGCAUCCUGCCCCAUACGUAUGGAACCUUGUUCAGUGCCUGUCUUGUUCUUAUUUAUUUCCCUUCCCUCUGUCCUGGACAUGAAGGUAUCCUUAACACUACUGGAGGAGUGAUGCAGAUUAGGACUUGGUAUCUAUCGGGCACUGCAGGGUUCUGUACAUGGCACCUGAUUGGUUGGAUUUCUCCCUAUUCCACGGCUGUUUGGCAGCAUUGCACAGAUGCACAUGCUAAUCCUAAACCAGGCCAGUCUCACUCCUCCAACACUGCACCUCGUUUACUUCAAACUCUGUGCCAGGUGGGUUCAAUCCCCACUUACACAGCAGACAGGGGUGUCUUUUUGUUUAAAUCUAUACAGCUUGUACAAAGGACCACCCUGUAAUCUAUUUAAAUUAUAUUGACUGGAUGAGCUCAGGUGGAAUGGAAUCAGGCUCCUGUGCCCUUAACAUACAGUCCAGGAGAGCUUUUACUCAUUGCAGAAAAAAUAUUCAGUGGCGUGGUGCUGUGGGGCCUAGCACAGGGGCAGAUUUACCUUUUACUGGCAAAUUACCCUAGCAGUAACUGAUUUCAGGACUGUCCUUAUAUCAUGGAUGCAUUGGAAUUGCAGUUUAAUGCAUCCAGGAACAAUUGAUUCCUCUGCUCCACAUCAACUGGUAUAUUAGAGCAGUAGGAAACAGCAAGAGUAUGCAGGAAUCUUCUCCCUGCUUCUAGACCCCAAGCUAUAUGGGAAGCCUCCACCUCCCCUGCUCCUUGACCCUAGGGUACAUAGGAAACCCUCCCAUCCCCAGCUGCUAGACCCAGGUAUGUAGGAAUCUCCCCCUCCCACUGUUGCUGAAUUCUGUACAUGGGAAUUAUCCACUCUCUGACUGGAAUGUUAUGGGUUAUUGAGGGUAAAAUCCUGUCAUGUUGGGACUUCGGUUAAAAUGGCGUAAAGCCUCCACUAAAUGGCCACAAUCGAGGCUGCACUGAACUUCCAGAAACACCAUUAAGGAAGAGGGAAGUCUGACUACCAUUUAUCAAUGGGGCUAUAAUCAGAACUUAUGUGUGGGGUAGGUUUUAACAUGAUGAGGGUCCAUACUCCAUUCACACCACUGAACCAGGGUCUUGGUCUUUUAGCACUCACUGAGUUCCUUUGCGUGACUGUCAUCCUCUUGAGGUUUCCUGACAUAAGUUUAUGCUUGACUCUCAAGGCGCUUGGUAUUCAGCACUCUGAUGGCCUGGUAUCAACAAUUAACAAUGAGAUAUCCCAACACUACAUCACAAGGUAAUCAGAGCCCUGCUUUUACUGCAGAAUGUCAGGCAUAACAGUAUGAGAGGGACAGGAUCAGGUAGUGUGCUUUGCGUAGAACUCAUUAUCAGGCUCAAUCACCAAUGGUCUCCUGGCCUCCCGAAGGGUCUUGGUUCAUCCAUUGCUGUGCUCAUAGCUCACAUGCAAUAGUUUGGAAUGUCAUUUCAAAUUGAAUACAGAUUGACAAGGUGAAGAAUUUUUUUUGCCAUUUCACUGUUACAAUGAGCUACACUAUGUUGUUGAAUUUUCUAGCUGUUUUUGUACACAUGACCAUAAACACCAAUGUCUGGGGUGAUGAAAAGAAUGUCUGUUUAGCCAAUUUCCCCUAUCCAGUAUUCCUUUAGUGAGUGUCUCUUCCCCACCCCUCACCAGGCCUGAAGCAGGCAAGGCAUUUGUGGCUUUUGGAGGGGACCCCAGUAGGAUGCUUGUCACAGGCCCCUGACACUAGCUAGAGCAGUGCUGCCUUCACUCCAAAUGAUAACUACGGCUCUUUGCGUUGGAUCAUUUGUCUGGUCUCAAUGGGAGGGACUCUGUCCCAGGAUUGAGGGGAUAGGUAUAACUCCUGGGUAGGAUUGCUGGCUGCUGAGUGAGGAUGGUAGAUUCUGUGGGUCAGGGAUAUCUGUAGGUGGCACACUUAGUUAGAGUGCUGGGGGGAGCUGAUGGAUGUUUUCACUCUCAAAGCAGAUGGUGACUUCCAGCAGCCAACAGUGGUAAAGUGAAAGGGGAUAAUGAAGGAUGGGUCCAGAAUAAGGUGCUACUACAAUACACACAUCCAUCUCCCCAGGAACUGCUGACUUGGGAGAAAGGAAUAGAAUCCAUGUGGUGGAGGGGUUUGCUGUGACCUCGGCACCCAUGCAAAUACUAUGUCUUCCAACUGGUUGUCCCAACUCUGGUUCUGCCUCCCUUAUAUCAUGUGCAAAUCAUUACAGCAACUCUGCAAGUGAAUUCUCGCCCAUCACACAGGGCAUUGCAAGCUCUCCUCUCUCUCCCCCAGCCUGCAGUCCACUGGAAAGAACACUAACUUGCAAGUUGACUCGUUAAAUCAGUUAAAUCAGUUGGCUGCAGUGACCAUCUCCUCAAAGCCAACUGAUUUCCAAGAUUCUAAUGGAUAGGUCAACAAUUCACUAUAUUAUGGCCAUAAGUCAUUUUUGGUCCUUUUCUGUCCCCAAAGCUGACUGGUAAAUGCUGAAUGUCGGGAUUAUGCAGAUGUCUCAAGAACCCUCAGUCUUUCUGUGUCAUGUCAUUCCUGUGGUUUGUGUAUGUCUGUCCUUCCUGCUCAGUCUCUGAAUCUUGUGGUUUGUCUGUUUCUCAUGGUUGCUCGGUCAGUCACUCUCACCAUCUUUGAGCUCUUCCACUUGCAUGUGCCCAAACUCUUCUCAUAAGAGCUUUAGGAAAGAAGCAGCUGCAGAGAAUCGAUGGUCUCUAGUCAUACAGGAAGGAUGGCUGAGAUUUCUUGAUCCAGCAAUCAUGUAUUUGCUAUUUUGCAUAUGUAUUUUUGAAGGCAAAGAGUAAAUAGAGAAGACAGGCACAUGUGAGAGAGAGCAUCGAAGGUGGACAUUGCAGCCAUCAUUGUGGAUGUGUUUGGUUUUUUUUGUGAUAAGCUGCUACAUUAUUGGGAUGUUCUGGUGUUCAUAGGUCACUGAACAUGAAACCUGAUUUAUAUUGUAUACCUGUAACAUAGUCUGAUUAAAAAUGAGAAAAGAAAUUAUUUAUAUAUUUUCCAUAAGAGAAUAUUUCAUGGAGCUGUGUAUAAUUUAAAUAAUGCAAAGGAGCGCGGCUGUUGAGAGUAAUGUUUCUGUGUUGCCACCUUGUGGUUUCUUUGUAUAGUGUGUACAGUCCAUGUUUCUGGGCAUUUACCCUUCUGAACAUAAGAACUUAUCAAAGGGAUGCAUUGUUAAUUAACAAUAAAAACAAAAGUAUCCAGA